GGCCGCUGCGACGUCACGCAGCGACGGAAGUGCGUCACCAACGGCGUCGGUGUCCGGGCUCUCGAAGCAGGUGGACCAUGGCGGAAGUGGGCCGGGAGCUAGUGUGCGACCCCGGCGGGCGGCUCCCUGAAGGUUUCUGGGCCGCGGUGGCAGUGUGGCUGGAGAGGCCGCAGGUGGCCAAUAAGCGGCUCUGCGGCGCCCGCCUGGAGGCCCGCCGGAGCGCCACCUUGCCGCGGGCGAGCGCGGGCCCGGAAGGGGAGUGGGGCGCGGCCUUCUGCGGACCCCAGGAGGGGCCCGGGCCUGGCCGGGGUUUUGUCGAGGGGCAUCGCGGGCCCAGGCCGGGAUUAGAGCCCGAGGAGGGCACAGACCGUCGCAGACGUGAAGAAACUCAGGACCGGCGUCCACAAAAGGACGAGCAGAGCGAAGCAGCCGGAGCGCCCCUGCCGGCCGAGCACCCCGGGCAGCUGCAGGGGGCUGGGGACGAGGGCGACCCCGCCGCGGAUCUGGAUUCGUUCUGGGACCGUUUUUCCCAAAGUCUUGUCUCCAGCCAUCCGGAGAUGCUGUCAUUCCUCACGUGCCCCGGAGCGGGAUCGCAGUCAGGGGCACCGCAUGAACUCGACCUUGUCCUAAGAACCGUCAUCCCGAAAAAGAGCCCGCAUUACUUGGUUACGGCUCCGAGGAGAGAAGUUGUCGUGCAGGAUGUCCCCAAUGGAACCGUAACUUUUUUGCCUCUGGAAGAAGAUGAGGAAGAGAAUUUGAAAGUUAAAAUGAGCAAUGUGUAUCAAAUUCAGCUCAGUGGCAGCCAAGCAGAAUGGUUUAUAUCUGUUUUGAUUUUCUGUCCAGAGAAGUGGCACGUGGAUGGAGUUGUCUACCCCAGAGUUUCCUGGCUGGGUGAGGCGCUGCUGGGCAGGCUGGCCCGGUGGUGCGUGGUGCCCGGGAAGAGCGGCUUCCAGAGCACCCUCUCGCUCGUCUCCAUCGCGAGGUACAGCACGCUGUAUCAGGAGCUCAAGGAGAAGUACAGAGGCAUGGUGAAGGUGUGGCCUGAGGUAACUGAUCCUGAGAAGUUUGUGUAUGAAGACGUGGCUAUCGCUACGUACCUGCUGAUCCUGUGGGAAGAGGAGCGAGCCGAGAGGGGCAUGAGUGCCAGGCAGUCCUUUGUGGACUUGGGGUGCGGGAAUGGCCUCCUGGUCCACAUCCUGUGCAGUGAAGGGGUGAGUGGCCUCUGAGGUCUUUUCAGAGGGUCGGGACUCCGAGCUGGCCAGGCAUGGGAGUUGUACGGGCCUGCCCUGAGGCUCAUGAACUCGUCUUGCUUUGUGCUGCUCUCUAAGGAAGUCGCCAUCACCCCGAGCGACCAGACCCUCUUCCCUGAUGCAGACUGGCUGCUGGGUAACCAUUCAGAUGAGCUCACGCCCUGGGUCCCUGUGAUCGCGGCCAGGUCUUCCUACUGCUGCCGGUUCUUUGUGCUGCCCUGCUGCUUCUUCGACUUUGUCGGCAAGUACCGCCGCAGGCAGAGCCAGAAGACGCAGUACCGCGAGUACCUGGACUUCAUCUGGGAGGUGGGCCAGGCCUGCGGCUUCCACGUGGAGGAGGACUGCCUUCGCAUCCCGUCCACCAAGCGGGUCUGCCUCAUUGGGAAGCACAGGACGUACCCGCCUGCUGCAGAAAUCAGCAUGGAUGAGCAGCGCACUCGGUACAUUCGUAGCAGGCAGGGCCUGUCUGGCAGCGACCCCUGCUGUCCUGUACCCCGGGCUGCUGCCUGCAGUGCCAAUUGCCUGGAUGGCAGCAGAGCCUCAGACACGGGGGCUCAGUGUGACCUCGAGGUCCCCAUUCCUCAGCGUGGGGCGCAGAUGCAGGCCAGGGGACUCUGGAUGCCGGAAUUCCACCCUCGAGAAAAGAUGGAACACGUGAAGAACUGUGCCACCCUCCCUCGAGAGUUUACCAACCAAGUGGUUUUGCAAGUGGCAAAUUUAUUGUUAGACGGAAAGAAGUCGAGCACAGGAAGCCCUGAGCAGGGCACCUGGAAGACCUGGAACGGAGGAGAGAGCCUGCCCUUGGCAGAAGUGGCCCGGCGGCUGGGCAGGGUGACCUUGCAGAGGCUGAAGCACGAGUGUGGAGGCCUGCAGACACUGCUGCGCAACAACCACCAGGCGUUCGAAGUUCUGGAUGGCCGAGUCCACAUCCGUGACUGGCGGCGGCAGCUGCAGAGGGAGAAGCACUCAGAGGCCAAGCGGGGACCGAGCUCGGAGGCCUUCAAGACCCGCGCCUGCUGGUUCUUCACGCACCACCCAGACGGCUGCGCACUGCCCUCCGCCAGCUGCCCAUUUGCCCAUGGGCCUCAGGAGCUGCGACCACCCCAGCCCCCCAGGAAGAAGAGGCAGUCCCCGUGAGCCGCCCUUCACUCCCCAGCUUGCUGACCUCACCCACGCAGGCAUCCGAGGCUCGGGACUCCCCCUUCUCUGGGUGGUGACCUCCGGAUGUUGGGCGCUGAGGGCUCGGCCCGCUUCCUGAAGGGACCUGGAGCAGAGUGCACUCGGGUGCAGUGCCGUCAGCCUCCCAGGCCCUGCGUAGCUGACCACGGAAGCUUUCUACUGCAGUUGGCCCCGAGCCCCAUAGGGCCGGACAGCGAUGCGGUGCCUCCUGGGGCUCUGUGGGGUGGUGUGAACUGGGUUGUAAGUGAACUCACCCUGCCUCCUGUGGUCACAUCAUGGGCCUGUUGGUGUGACUGUCUGUUCACUUUGGGGAAGAAGCCCUGUGCUUUUCCACUUAAAGUCAU